AUGGUGAAUCCCCCAAAUGAAUUGAAGAACAGGGUAUUGCCAGACUUAAGUAAUAAUUAUAAUUCACAUAAAUUGAUGUGUGAAAGGGCAAUUCUUUCUCCAAAAAAUGAGGCAGUAGCAAGAAUUAGCCAUGAAUUAAUGAAUAAGAUUCCAACAGUCAUUAACAAGUACAAAUCAGUUGAUUCAGUCCUUGAUGAAAAUCAAGCUGUCCAUUAUCCAACAGAGUUCCUUAAUUCUCUUGAGCCACCUGGAAUUCCUCCACAUAAACUUUUUCUGAAGGUAGGAGUCCCAAUAAGGCUUCUAAGAAAUUUAGAUUCUCCUAAAUUAUGCAAUGGGACAAGAUUAAUUGUGAAGACAUUAUCACCUAAUGUGACAGAAGCUACCAUCAUCACUGGUUGUGUCUCUGGGGAAGAGGUUUUCAUUCCAAGAAUUCCAAUCAAACCAACAGACAUGCCGUUUGAGUUCAAACGAACACAACUCCCAGUGCGACUUUGCUUUGCAAUGUCUACUAAUAAGGCUCAAGGUCAGUCUUUGAAAUCUAAUGGCUUGCUUUUCUCAUGGUCAGCUUUGUUGGUUGCUCCAGGGUAG